UUUUUUAAUGCGGUACAUGAUUCAUGAGGGACUAGUGGUUAUCUAAUGCAGACGAAUACGCGCUUUUGAAACACUUCGGCAGAAGAAUGGCUGUAGAUCAAGACCAGAACAGGCAGCGCAUUAAGCAGCUCAUGAGGAAACCUGGAAACAACUACUGCGCGGACUGUCGAGCGGCAGAUCCAGAGUGGGCUUCGUACACACUGGGCGUAUUUGUGUGUCAAAGUUGUUCUGGUCUCCACAGAAAUAUUGCCCAGAUUAGUAAAGUUAAGUCUGUGCUGCUUGACCCCUGGCGUCCUUCUGAAGUAGAGUUUAUGGACUCAGUGGGAAAUGAUGCUGCCAGGGCCAAAUUUGAAAAGCAGGUUCCAGCCUUUUAUUACCGACCAUCACGCACAGACUGCACGCUUCUCCGAGAACAAUGGAUCCGAGCCAAGUAUGAGAGGAAGGAGUUUAUUUAUGUGGAGAAGCAAGAGCCGUACACUGCAGGAUACAGAGAAGGUUUUUUAUGGAAACGUGGCAGAGACAAUGGACAAUACCUCAAUCGAAAGUUCAUUUUGUCUGAACGUGAGGGUGUUCUGAAGUACUUCAACAAAAAUGAUGCUAGAGAGCCCAAAGCCGUUAUGAAGUUUCAAAGUGUGAAUGCCUGUUUUCAACCUGCAAAAAUUGGCACUGCACAUGGCUUACAGAUCACUUAUUUAAAGGACAACAGCACCAGGAAUAUAUUUGUAUAUCAUGAAGAUGGCAAGGAAAUGGUCGACUGGUUCAAUGCCAUUCGUGCCGCCAGGUUCCAUUACCUUCAGGUGGCUUUUCCCAUAGCCUCUGUUUCUGAGCUCUUGCCAAAACUAACCAGAAACUUUAUAAAGGAGGGGUACAUGGAGAAAACAGGCCCAAAGCACACAGAAGGUUUUAAGAAAAGAUGGUUUACAAUGGACGACCGAAGGCUCAUGUACUUCAAAGAUCCUAUGGAUGCCUAUGCAAGAGGUGAGGUGUUCGUAGGCAGCAAAGACAACAAUUACAGCCUGGUUCCCCACUUCCCACCAGGCAUCCAGGGAAAUCAUUGGCAGUUUGGUAUCACCAUAGUAACCCCAGACAGGAUGUUCCUUAUGGCAUGUGAGAACGAAAAAGAGCACAGAGACUGGAUAAAUGCUAUUGAAAACGUUAUGGACCGACCAAUGCUGCCUCACGAGUAUGCAGUGGAGGCCUACUUUAAACACAAGCCCUGACCAUCCAUUUGACAGGCUUCACAUGUAGAGGUCAAAGUUAUGUCAAUGAAACAA